GGGUGAUUUCCAGUCGGGUUCGGAAUCCUGACCAAGCAGGUGUUUUAGAACAUGUCUGCGCCCAUGAGUGUUGCUAACGCCGCUGCGAACGGCGAUCUAACGCUCUUGAAACAAAUUCUGAGACAGGGUGCAAAUGUUAAUGAGAGGUCUAAAGAUGGGAUGUCUCCACUUGCGCUGGCUGCUUUCUGGGGAUAUGCAGAUGUGGUUGAAUGUCUGUUAAAGCAGGGAGCGGAUGUAAAUAUUUGCAACAAAGGGACACAGUGGACUGCCCUGCACUGUGCUGCCUUCCAAGGACAUGGGAAAGUAAUCAUGAAACUAAUGGAACAUCAUCCGAAUACGGAGCUGAAAGACAACCACGGGAGGACUGCAGUUGACUUUGCCUCAGCCAUGGAUGCUAUAUGGCCAUUCUUUGCAGCUGCUGGCUGCAAGAGAACCCCAAAGUCAGAGUUAAUUAGAAUGGACAUUGUCAAAAGGGUGACACAUGUGGAUCCCACACUCCCAAAAUCUGAGAUUGCUCACUUCUCUCGCCCAGGCUCAGCAUAUGUGAUAAAAUCCCAGCCCUUACAUGGGAACAAUCCCACAGAUACCAAUAUGGCCAUGGCUUCUAUGAAUGGAGAUGUUCUAGCAGGUCUUCCUGAGGAACCAGAGAUUCCUAGUUCAAGGACACCACAAAUUAAUCUAGCAGUGUUCAACAACAUGUGAUUAUGUAUCUCAUUAAGCUGUUUGCACAAUAUAUUAUUAUUAGAGUUCAUUUUUAAACACCAUUUCAAAAGGAAAAUGUAAUACAUCAAUGACUGUGAAAGUUGGAAAAUGCUAAUUUUAUGUAGAAAGAUCUCUGUAAUUUUUAUAUGUUUUAUAUUAUAUUAGAAAGGGCAUGUUGAUUAACCUUAAAACCCUGUUAAUGUGUAGUUUGGUGGCAGGUUAUUUUUAGUUUCUUUUGUAUAAAUUAAGGUACAUUCAAACUUUGAUAACUCAAUCAAAUGCAUAUACAUACAGCUGAACUGCAGUAUCUUGAACAUAGAUAUCUCAAAUACCAUGGAUAAGUUGAAAUAAUUUGGAAGUCCCAAGCACUUUUUCUUUCAUUAUUUUACCCUUAAUAUCUCGAACCCUCGGAUAUCUUGAAGUUUUUUAUGGUCCCAUUGAGUUCGAGAUAAUGAGGUUAGACUAUACUUGUCAAUAAAUGAAUGUAUCUUUAAUUUGGUAAGUUAUGUAGAACCAAUAACUUAUAUUCACUGCAAAAUUUAAGUCUGGAGAUGGUGAAGUUUGGCUUAAUUUGGAUUUUGUUAUUUGUGAUGAACCAAUUAUUAUCAGUAGACUUAGAGAGUGUCAUAUACGCAGUCUUCUGUUUUAGUAAUCACACCGUUUUCUCAGAGUCAGUGUCCAAAAAUUUUAUUUAUGUUUUCAUUUGUUACAUGUAUGUUUUAAAUGCACCAGUUUAUUCAUUAUUACAGCCGAUAUACAAUGUACAAAAUUAAAAAUUGAUAAAAAUGUGAAACAUGAAUAAU